AAAAUUUGUCUUGAUCGUUGCUACAUAACGUGUACGUAUUAGAUGCCUCUGUAGGUAGGCUGAGAUGGGGGAAGGAAGUACAUACCUAUCUUGGUGUGACAUGGUGGUUGAUAGAUAUCAAAUCAACACUCUUCAUAAAUCUAUUUGAGAAAAGAAGAUAAGUAGUAAUUGGCUGAUAAUCCCAUUAUAUAUAAGUAGGAGGUAGUGAGGUAUUUAUAUUGAGUUGUCCUUUCCAGCCUGACGUACACCACCACCUUCGAUACUCAGUGCUACGCUCAAUGCAUACCCUGACCGGCUGAAUAUUCUAGCAGAUUCCCUGCAAGAAAAUUACUACAAGCAUUGACAUAUGGACGAUCCGGAAGCCGGAAAAAUUGAAGAGUGUCGGCCUGGGUAUCCUCGGUACACCGCACUUCUAUCUUCAAAUCUUCGCUGGCUGAUAUUUCGUCGAUUCGAUAAGCUACGGGCUCGAAUCCUCUUGCGAAAACAAGAUCAGUUAUCCGUACUGGAGCAUGAGUUAGACCAGAUUGACAAGCAAGAGACGUCUCUUCUCUUUCUUGGGAAGAACCGAUGCGACCAGAACCCAGACCGGUUGUCUACCCUUUCAAAGAUCGAAGCGGCUCUGGCCGACUAUGAUGAACUCGUCGAAAGAACCAGUCGAAUUCUGAGCCUGCAUUCUGCCACUCGAAGGGACAUAGCCAGCCUUCAAAAUUGGGUCCAGGGGACCGGCUGUCUAGCCAGAGAUGAAACAGCCUACCUCUCAUGCCGGAGUGAACUUGUCAGUCUAGCACCAGUGACUGACAGUGGGAUUCAACAACUCGAAACGUGGGUACAAGAUAAAUUGGUCCGACUCUUGCAUAGGUACCGAAGAACCGCAGCCCGCGAACUUUCUACCGAUCCGAAUGUGCAUAUAUAUAGGGGUCCCUGGGUCCGGCGGACUGCGAACGCUCUUUUAAUCGUCUUGGUAACCCUUCUCCUGAUGGUUCCGGUUAUGAUAUGCAAUCUCGUCAGCACUUUUUCGGUCCGAAUUAUCAUUAUUAUGGUGUCUACGGUUUCGUAUCUUCUCAUGCUUUCCUGUUUAGCAAAGUCAAAGACGACGGAAUUGAUCCUCGCCGGGGCGACGUAUGCGACCGUUCUCAUUGUGUUCGUUUCUGGUACCAUCGCAAUGCAAAGCUAAGAGUUAUAGCAUCCUGUUAAAUUCGAGUAAAGAAUCGAUUGAGUGUAUGAAGCUUGUCUUGAUCGAUCAUUCUGGUCCGAGGCUCUUCUUGGCUGACCAUUUUAAGGUGGCUAUUUUGAGGUUUAUAAGGAAUAAUAAUUAUCUGCUAAUUUUUUGGCUUUUUAAUGAGCAACACUGGUACCUUACUGUCACACAACUGAUGCGUACUGAAUAGACAAUAUUAUAUGAGGCCUAUUUGAUGAUCUGAUUGAGGUAAAAUCGUAAUAUGACAGAACCAUAUACC